AUGGCCGAGAUCGUGGCAGCACUGAGUCUCGCUUCCAAUAUCGUCCAGUUCAUUGAUUUCGGCAGCAACGUUCUUGCGACUGGAUACAGGCUGCACAAAAAUAGGUCUGGCGGCUCCGAUAACGUUCAAGAGAUUAAAUACGUCACAUCAGCUAUCCAGAGACUCGCCAAAAGCUUCACAGAAUGUCUUCCCGAUGACAGCGCAAUAGGAGAGCUGUCACGUACAGAGGUUGAACUGCGAAAACUCGCAAACCAGUGUAGCGUUCUUGCGGAAGAGCUUCUAUCUACGGUCAGCAAGAUUGAAGUCCAAGGUCGAUUAAAAAAAUGGAAUUCCUUUCGCGCUGCUCUGAAAAGUGUUCUCGCCGAGGAGAAAAUCGCGAAGAUACAGGGUCGUCUAGAUAAGUUCAGGCAAGGGUUAAUUCUUCAUAUUAUCGCCUGUUUCCGUGAUGACCUCAAUGGAUCUAUAGCCAUGCAAACUUCGUUGGCUUCAUCGAUGAAGAAAUUCAAUGCGAGUACUGAGUCAAUCGGUGAACGCUUCUUGGAAUUCAUUAAAGAGAGCAAAAUCUGGCAAGAAGGCUAUGUCACAGAUUGCGAUAGAUGGAGAACUGAAAUUAUGGAGGCUAUUCAUCGAGACAAUAACGAUUUUGCUGGACAAGUUUCGCUGAGCCAUGGCAAGCAGGAGAAGCUGCUUUUAGGGAAGCUAAUUAGACUUCUACAAUUUGAAGAGAUGACAGACCGUCAUGAAAGAAUUGCCGAAGCCUACGAAGAGACAUUCCAAUGGAUAUUCAACGGUGAAGACAUGGAUUCCGUAGAGGAAUCAACUUGGAGCAACUUCCCAAAAUGGUUGCAAGCAGAGUCGACUCUAUACUGGAUUACGGGAAAGGCUGGCUCCGGAAAAUCAACUCUCAUGAAGUAUAUCUAUCAAGAGCCCCGCACAUUCAGACAUCUGGAAACUUGGUCUGCCGAAAGUCCCCUCGUGACGGCAGCGUUUUUCUUUUGGAACUCGGGCACACAUAUGCAAAUGUCCUACAAAGGGUUGAUGCAAACCCUGCUGCAUCAAAUACUGUGCAAGAAACCUGAACUGACUCCACAACUUCUACCUGAGCGUUGGGAAACUUACUGCUUUUUCGGCAACGAUCUAUAUCACUUGACGGAAAAAGAAUUACGGCGGGCGUUCGAUAGACUGAAGAUAGUUGAGGUAUCCACAGCGAGGUUCUGCCUCUUCAUCGAUGGCCUGGACGAAUUCGACGGAGAUCACACAAAGCUAAUCUCUUUCAUAAAAGAUCUAACGGGAUCGCCAAACAUCAAGGUUUGCGUCUCGAGCCGUCCAUGGGUGGUCUUUCAGGAUGCUUUUGAGUUGGAGCCAAGUCUAAGGCUCGAGGAACUCACCUACCCGGAUAUCAUUCAUUUUAUCAAAUCAACGUUCUCUAAGGAUGAUGGUUUCAGCGAACUCCAAAAACGUGAGCCAGUAUAUGCCAGUCAGCUUCUUGAAGAUAUUGCACAUAAAGCCUCUGGGGUUUUUCUGUGGGUUCAUGUCGUUGUGCAGUCACUUCUCGCUGGAUUAUCCAACGGCGACAGAGUAUCUGACCUUCAACGCCGACUUCAUUUUCUUCCACCGGACUUGAAGAAUUUGUAUCAAAAGAUCCUAGACAGCCUCGACCCUUUUUAUCUUGAGCAUGCUUCUCAAAUAUUUCACAUCAUUCGAGUGGCAGAGAAGCCACCAUCAAUUCUUCUCCUGUCAUUUGCAGACGAAGAACUGAAUACGAUUCUUGAUUUGAAGUCUGCACCUUUGACGAGUGAAGAGAAAACGAUAAGGGUUAAUGUGAUGGAGAGGCGGUUGAAUAGCCGGUGUAAGGGGUUACUCGAAGUUGCCGGAAUUAUGGACGAGGACCCUUUCACUCGAACCCGCAGGGGAUGUAGCCGGCGAUUUGUCACAACUUCCACUGUACAAUAUCUGCAUAGAACAGUGAAGGAUUUUAUUGAGGAUCCUAAGAUCUGGAAUUGGCUCUUGGCAUCAAGAAAAACAUCGUACGACCCAAAUUUUGCACUUUCGACUGCCUGGCUGGGAUUCCUCAAAACUUGUGAUCUCAAUCCUUGUUUUCCUGACUUUGAUCUUGAUAAGAAGUUUUUUGACUUCGCAAUGAGCAAGAUUUGGGACAAGGUCGAGGAUUGCUUGGGCUUCGCUAUGCUCGUGGGGACCGAACAACAGCCAGUUCUAGUUCAACUGCUUGAUGAGCUCGACUCUACUGCGUCACAGAUCUCUGCGCAUCUGCUGAACCUUAGUCAAGGUGAUUCGUGGCGCAUUCCUCAGAAGUUCUCGUGUACAGAUCCACCAGGGCGUCCUCAAGUCUCCGUACACGCCACGGCACAAGGUGUCCUGCAGCCGCACUGGGCCUGUUCCUUGUACGACUCUCCAAACGACUUUGCUGGUCUUAGUUUCUUGUCAAUUGCAGUUAGACUUGACCUCUUCGAGUACGUUAGAGCAAAAGUGCAUCACGGAUGCCUUGUGAAGCAGGAUACAGGUGUCUGGCCUUUGUUACAUGAUUGUAUUAUACCGACCCAAACUAAAUGCUUAAAACGGCUGCUGCCAGAUAAGUAUGCGCCGAAUGGAUUCCCUAACAGAAAGAUGAUCGAACUGCUCCUUGAUAAUGGAGCAGACCCAAACAAGGAGAUUCCUGGCAAGCAGAUCACGGUCUGGGAGCAAUUUCUUUGGCAGGAGCAACGCAAUAGCUUCACAAGAUCACUAGGAAAUUAUCAUAAGGAAAGCGUGUGGAGGCACCUCCUUGAGAUUGUUCCGCUUUUGCUGCACGCUGGAGCAGAUCAACGAGCAUUAUGGGAUCAUUCUCUCGAACACGCAGUCUUGGUUCAGUUGGCCUUGGAAAUCCACUGA